AUGUCGCCGGCUUUGGUCAACGGUCAUGGCGGUAGCGGAGGAGGCGGAGGCGGAUCGACCGCCUUCAUUUCGACGCAAAGGCGAGGACCGAUCGCCGCCGAGUUCCAAGGCCCCGGACCAGCGGCCGUGGCACUUCCCUCAACCAUCGGUAAAAGUACCAGCGAAUCCACCAAAGGCAGAGCACCGGCGUUUAGUUUCGGAAUUAGGCACAACCCAGGAAAAACGAGUUUGGGUCCCGGUCCUGGCCAGUACAAUGUCGCCCGACUUCACCAUAAAGGUAAAGAUGAUGGGCCGGCUCCUUCCAUCAGCGGUCGUCCCAAGGAGAGCAGAUUCGACAUCACGCCAGCGCCGGGAGACUACAAUCCGGAGAAAGGAGGAAAGUUCGUCGGCGAAUCGUCACCGAGUUUCACCUUCGGAGCCAAAGUGAAGGACGAACGUAAAGACAACCUUCCAGCUCCCAACGCCUAUUCUCUGCCUCCUGCAUUGGGCACAGGAUUGGCUCCCGCUUUUUCCAUUUCGGGACGAGGCAAAACGCCGAUCGAUGAACGAGUUCUCAACCCAGGUCCAGGUGCCUACGAGUCGGGCAACCCGGACAAGUACAAGGCCCGCUCGCCGUCCUACUCCAUCUCCAGCCGUACCAACAUACCAACGGAUCAAACUCAAAAACCAGGCCCAGGGGCGCAUUCGCCGGAAAAGAUAAAGCAAGAGACCAGUCCGGCUCACACCUUUGGCGUCAAGCACUCGCCCUACUUAGGCAAGCUGAAAGGGAUGUGAAGGAAAAGGCGAACAACACAUCGAGGGGCGUGCCUAGCUGAGAGGAUGACUCGACUUCAAUCUACGCCAAUCUUUUUUUUUUUCUUUCUUUCUUCAAAAACCCUGUGUCUCUCCUACUCCAGCAGCCGGUGUGGGUACGUGCGUGCAUAUCAAAAUUCAGCGUCGUGACAUAACCUCUCCCUUCGACUUGUGUCUACUUAAAGUGAAUUUUUUUUCUUUCUACUUCCAACUUUCUGUUGCGCUUAUUCCCCAUCAUGAUGGCUCUCGCUUGCCAGAAAUGCACAUUCCGACAUAAGUUAUGUGAAACAUUGAUGACUUUGGUCCAAGCUUUAGACGUGCAGUACUCUUUGGUAGAUUGCAGCUGAUGCUCUACGAGUUUUUUCAUCGUCU